UGUGUGUUUUAUAAAUAACCCUAUUUAUAAAACACCCUAUUUAUGAAGAUUAAAUGGAUCAUAAAUAUUGUGUUUGUAGAUAUUGUAAGCUUGAGCCAAGAUGAUGAUGAAGAAUUAUUUCUCAAUAACGAAAGGCAUCAUAGAAGUAAAAUUUUCAACUUUGUUGAAGUAACCGUGUAUAAUAUGUCUGACUGGGAUUUCAAAAUACAUUUUAGACUUACAAGAAGAAGUAUUGAGGUACCCACAUAAUAAUUUCUUAUGCUCAAACUUACUUAUUUAUUGUAGCUUAUACCUAUUUUUCAUUGUAGACUUUGAUUUUACAUAUGGGUCCUUUAUUAUCUCAAUCUGAUGUAAAAUUAGACAUAAAAAAACAAUUAUUGAUCUUCAUAUGGUACAUGGCUAACUGUGAAACCCAUCGACAAAUAGGAAACAGAUUUAAUAUUGCUGACAGUACCAGCCAUAAAGUAGUGCUAAAUUGUUUAAAUAAUAUGAAAGAACUAUCUGGUAAAUUUAUAAGAUGGCCUAGAGGACAAGAAGCCAUCAUCACUGUGCAAAAAUUCAACUGUCUUAGACCAAAUGCUUUCCCUGGAGUAUUGGGGGCAGUCGACGGUUGUCAUAUUUCUAUACUUGCCCCUUGGGAAAAAAGGACUGUUAUGGAAAAACUUGAUAGGAAUAUGUUUUACAAUAGAAAACAAGUCCCUUCAGUUCUGCUACAGGGCAUAGUGGAUUCCGAUCUGAAGUUCAUUGAUGUGUUUUCGGGUUGGCCCGGAUCAUCUCACGACGCAAGAGUGUUCAGAAGAAGUCUAAUAGGACAAAAACUUUUGAGUAAUGAUUUAAGUAUUUUACCAGAAAAUUGUCAUAUUCUGGGUGAUGGAGCUUACCCACUAUCAGAGAAUGUUAUGAUCCCUUACAGGGACAAUGGGAAUUUAACCUUAGCCCAUAAACAUUUCAAUCGGUGCCUGAGUAGUUCUCGUGUUGUAGUUGAACAAGCAUUUGGGAAACUCUACUGUAGAUUUAGAAAGUUGAAACAUAUGGAUGUAUACCACAAAUCACUAUGUGGUUUGAUAAUCACUGCAGCUUGUUGCUUACAUAACAUAUGUAUCGAUAUGCAAGACGAUUUUGAUGCUGACCCUUAUACUCCAGAGUUAGAUUCUGAAGAGAACUCUCUUGCGGCGUCAAGACUUGGAGCUAGAAAACGUGAUGAACUUUGCAAUAUGUUAUCAUUAAAUGUUGAUUGA